AAAAAAAAAAAAAAAAAAAAGCUUUGGCUGGCUUUAUCAAGUUUCCUCUUGUUGAUUAUUACUCCAUGACAGCUUCUUCUGCUUUGCUUUAAUAUUCAACUAUUUGAAAACAAAAAGUUGCUUUUUUCUCCCCUCCCCUUCUGAAGUUUUUUUCCUUCUUAUGUACGGUUCUUAUCCAUUUCAACCCCAACUUCUGAUAGCAAGGACAUUCUUAUUCUUUUGUCAGUUUUUCCUUUUUAAAUUUCAGACUCAAAAUACUGCCUUUCUACUAAUAAUUUCUUUUGAUUUUUUCCCUCUACUUUAAUGGAAUAAUUUUGCUCUAGAAAACCCAUUUCUCUCUCUCUCUCUUUUUUUUUUUUUUCUUUUUUGUUGUUGUUGUUGCAAGGCUAGAAAACCCUUUUCUCUUCUUUAAAAGCCAUGAAAGUUGUAUUACUUCAACUUAAACACAUCUUAAGUACACCCAUUUGGACAAAGCAAGGAGUUACAGAACUAACCUGGCAAAAUGGGCAACUCGCUCUGAAUGGGAUUGAUGGGCUGCAGCCAAUAGUCCCACCAAAGCCCACAUGGAACCGAACCAAUGAUACGUUGGAGUCCGUAGUCAAUCAAGCCAAACUCCAAACCCAAGGCCCAAAUCUGAUCCAGCAAGGUGAGCCACUGGUCCAUACUGGCCGCACCCUCGCACCCUCCGGCGCCAAUGGGAAAUGGGUUGAGAGAGGCAACCAAGAACCGCCGGCGAGGAAAAGAACACGAUCGACUUCCGAUUAUGCUGGGAAAAAUGUCAGCACAAGCAAUAAUAACAACAACAGCAACACUAUACAAGUGGACUAUGGCGAUCACAGUGUGUGUGGAAGUGCGAGUGCAGCGUUUUGUAGGGAUAAUGACACUACUUUGAUGACAUGGGCUUCCUUUGAUUCUCCUCGAAGCUUGAAAACCAAAUCCAUUGAUGAAGAUUCUGCUUGUCAUGUUGAAUCGGAAAAUCAAGAGGAAGAACAAGAUACGAAGCGUGUAGCGAAUCGCGCUCAUUCAGCUAGACGAAGUCGAGCAGCUGCUAUACAUAAUCAAUCAGAACGGAGGAGGAGAGACAGAAUUAAUGAGAAGAUGAAAGCUCUGCAGAAGUUGGUGCCAAAUGCAAGCAAGACUGAUAAAGCUUCCAUGCUUGAUGAGGUGAUUGAAUACUUGAAGCAACUUCAAGCACAAGUUCAGUUCAUGAGUGUGAGGAGUAUGCAACAAAUGAUAAUGCCUAUAGGAAUGCAGCAACAACUUCAAAUGUCGCUUCUAGCGCGUAUGGGCAUGGGGGUCGGUCUAGGCAUGGGAAUGGGGAUGCUUGACAUGAGCGGUAUAGCACGUUCGGCCCCGCAGGCGCUUCCUCCUCUCAUCCAUCCUACAUCAGUUCCUGCUACACCUCCCGCAUUUGUUCCGCCCCACUUCUUGUUACCCCCUGCAAUUCCAAGGCAGGAUCCAACACAAGCCAAGCCUGCCACCAAUGGCUCUGUUGAUCCAUUUUCUGCCUUUCUAGCACAAACAAUGAAUAUGGAUAUCUACAACAAAAUGGCAGCAUUCUAUCGCCAACAAGUUAAUCAGACAACAAAUGCAAUGAGCAGCCCAACACAGUCAAACAAUGUGCAAGGAAAUUAGUGCUUUUGAAGAAGGAACUCAAAGAUUGGAUAAGCACAGAAGCACUCAACUUUAUUUGUUGAUAAGUUCUAUGUUUAGUUGACAAGGACUGAGCUUUGAAAAAUAUCUGUAUUUCAUGAUUUAUGAGUAAUUAUUGGUAUUGGAUUAUGUACAAACAUGAUUUUGUAUUAUUACAUAUCAAAUUUCUGAUGGAAUGUUCUUGUUUGAAAUGAAAACGGGAGUGAUGCCAAGAUUUUUCUA